UGUUCUGCUCGACACAGUCGCACAUAGGUACUGCUGCUUCACAGUGCAGGUUGGACUCCUUGCACUGCUUGGAAGCACCAGGCAACCCUGCAAUGGAAUUGAAGCUCAGCAGAAUGGAGAGUGAAUUAAACCACAUCAAUCCAGAUGUGCUUCAACCAAGCAAGAACUGCAAGGUGCUCCCUUUGAUGGUUACCCUCAACAUUGGUGGUUGCUUGUACAUCACACAGAAGCAGACUUUAUCCAAGUACCCAGGAUCUUUUUUGGAAGAAGUGGCCAACAGGAAAAGACAGGGUGUGCCCAUUGACUCCAAAGGGAACCCCUUUAUCGACAGAGAUGGUCCCCUCUUCCGGCACAUCUUGAACUUUUUGCGAACUGGGGAGCUAAUUCUGCCAGAAGGAUUUCAGGAGUGUGGCUUGCUUGUGAGAGAGGCUGAGUUUUACGGUUUGGAGAGGCUGGCAGAGGCAAUUAAGGAGCACGAGCGGACAAGGGGGUCUUCUGCAGAGACCACCUUCCUGGAGGUGAUUGAUAGUCACGAGCGCUCUCAAGGGCUCAAGGUGUUCUGCAGCGACCCAGAUUUCAUCGAGAGGCUCAAGGGGCGCAUUGUGCAGGUGUCCAAGAGCCGACUGGACGGCUUCCCGGAGGAGUUUGCCAUCUCCUCCAAUGCUAUCCAGUUCCGGCACUUCAUCAAGUCAGAGACAGGAACGCGUCUGGUACUCAAGGAGGACAACACCUUUGUGUGCACCCUGGAGACACUAAAGUUUGAGACCGUCAUGAUGGCUUUCAGGAGAGGCUUCCGUCUGAUCACCAGCCUGGACAGCAGCAAAGGGUCAAUCGUCCACUGCGAGGGACUUCAUUUCAUUAAGUAAAUCCGAUGCGACAAAUCAAGAAAAUAAAUACAGAACAGAAUUUCUUCUACGUGCAGUAAAGCAGCAGAAGCCCCAUGUCAGGGCUAUACAGUUUCCAAUAGCUUUCAGAUGGGACUAUCAAUAUUCUCUCUCUCUUACCACAGUGGCAUUCUGACAUUGGCAUCUGUGGUUCGAGAUGUAUAUAUCCUUACUAAGCAAAGAUAACCAUUUUAAUAGUUUAUUCAGCUUUGAAUACCAGCUCAGAAUUAUUCAAAAGCCCCAGUUCAUACUAACGCAAGCAGCAACAGAUAAUAUUUACAGAAAGUACACUGCUGAAGUCAAGACAGGAUUACCAGGCUGGUUAGCUUGCAGCUGCAGCCGAGGACUGCAGGAUGAAGAAAGGUAGUGAAAACUGGUAUAAAACAUACAGAUUAAAUCGUCACGUUAUAAAAAUAUAAAUUUGUUGUGUUCCGUAUUCUGUAACGCUAUUUGUAUUUGCUGUGUAAUAAAAUGCCUGGCAAAA